ACAGCAACACUGCGAUCAGCUAGCAAUUCACUGGCCAUCAUCGUCGAUCACUAGCUUAGUCCGAUCCUCUCUCUCCGAACCUGCGUCCGUCAGCAGGUGGGCGAGUUCGGGCUCCUGGGGCUUUCAGAUGGGAAUCUCGAAGAGUUUCUUCGUCGCUUCGCUUUCUCUGCUCCUCGCGGUUCUCGCGUCCACCGGCGAGGGAAGCCACCAGCCGGUCGUAAUGCCGGUGGCGAUGGAGCUGUCUGCCAAGUACUACAGGAAGACGUGCCCCAACGUGCAGAACGCCGUGCGCACGGUGAUGGAGCACAGGCUGGACAUGGCGCCGGCCGUCCUCCGCCUCUUCUUCCACGACUGCUUCGUCAACGGUUGUGACGCCUCUGUUCUUCUGAACCGGACGGACACCAUGGAGAGCGAGAAGGACGCCGAGCCGGCCAACACCUCGCUCGCCGGGUUCGACGUCAUCGACGAGAUCAAGUCGGUGCUGGAGCACGACUGCCCGGCCACCGUCUCCUGCGCCGACAUCCUCGCGCUCGCCUCCCGCGACGCCGUCGCCCUCCUCGGCGGGCCGAGAUGGAGCGUGCCGCUCGGCCGCAUGGACUCGCGGCAAGCCAGCAAAGCGGUCGCCGAGGACGCCAACAACCUCCCGAACCCGAACAGCGAUCUCGGCGAGCUCCUCAGGGUGUUCGAGACGCACGGCCUCGACGCCCGCGACUUCACCGCGCUCUCCGGCGCGCACACCGUCGGCAAGGCCCACAGCUGCGACAACUACAGGGACCGCGUCUAUGGCGACCACAAUAUCGACCCCUCAUUCGCCGCGCUCCGCCGGCGGUCGUGCGAGCAGGGCAGAGGCGAGGCGCCGUUCGACGAGCAGACGCCGAUGAGGUUCGACAACAAAUACUACCAGGACCUGCUCCAUCGGCGCGGGCUCCUCACCUCCGACCAGGAGCUCUACACCCAUGGCGGGGAGGUAACUAGUGAGCUUGUGGAGCUGUACGCGAAGAGCCGUAAGGCGUUCUUCGCGGACUUCGCGAGGGCGAUGGUGAAGAUGGGGGAGAUACGCCCGCCGGAGUGGAUUCCGGUGGAGGUGAGGCUCAACUGCGGGAUGGUCAACAAUUGAUGGCUGACCCUGACCUUUUCUUAUUGUCAGGUGUGCAGCCCGAUUAUGUGGGAAUCAGAUGUAGGUCUGAAUUAGUUUUCUUUUGACAAAGAAAGUUGUACAAAAUACUGUAACUGUAUUCUUUUUGUUUAUUAUAUAUGUUUAUACAUCCCAACACUGAGAAA